CGCGUCCAUCCUCACCUCGUCCAUUUCUUUGGCCUGCUUCUUGGGCUGCUUCAGGGGCUUCUUCUUGCCACCUGUGGGCGACACGAGCACGAUCAGCCCCGUCUCCGCCGCCCGUCCCGCACCGGGUCCCGCCCAGCCCCGCCAUUCCCGCACACUCACCCUCGCGGCCGGACAUGGCGCUUACCGCCUGCCGCCCCUUUCCCAGACCCAGCCACCGGAAGCGGAGGUCCCGGCUCCACCCCUUGCACAUAUACAGCCGCGCGGACAGAUUGAUUGGCUACUAAUCAGGAAGUUUCGUUAUUGCUGCCGGAAGCGGUCCUCCAGGGGCGGGGCGCUAGGGGGGUCAGAGGCCAACUGAGUGGCAGACGCUCUUUUGGGUUUGCGGCUGGAACGCUGUACCCGUCCCGGGUGUGAGGAGGAGUGAGCGGAGUGGGAGGUUCAUUUCUCCCGGGAGGAUCCGGACCGCGGGAGGGGGACUUAACCGGAAGGCGCCAGACUUGUGAAAGUGCACAAGAAGAGCACUGCAGCUGCAAGCUGAUCUGUCACCCCCCUCACAGAUCUCCUGAUGACAGGGCGCAGCCCUGCUUUUGCCAUGCAGCACAUCGUGGGUGGGCCCCAUGUACUGGUGCGGAGAGACUUCUUUGGAAGGGACCUCUUUAUGACCAGGACUUUCUGCAGCCCAGGCCCCAGCCAGCCUGGAGAGAAAAGAACCGAGGAGACGGCCUUUGGGCUGUUUCAACGCCUCACAGUGCUGGGAAGAGCCCUGGGGACAGCCUUCAGCAAGCGAGCCUCCUCCACAGCCAAGACUUGGUGGGACAGAUAUGAAGAGUUUGUUGGCCUCAAUGAAGUUCGAGAGGCCAGGGAAAUGGUGACUGAGGCAGAGAAAGUAUUCAUGGUGGCUCGUGGGCUUGUCCGAGAGGCUCGGGAGGCUGAGGUAAAGCAGGCCAAGCUGAAGGAAGUGAGGGACCGCUUGGACCGUAUCUCCAGGGAGGACAGCCAGUACCUGGAACUGGCUACUCUGGAGCACAGGAUGCUGCAGAGGAGAAGAGGCUCCGCACAGCUACGUGCGUGCAGAGACUCUGAGCGAGAGAAGUUCUCCCUCUUCUCUGCGGCUGUUCGGGAAAGUCAUGAGAAGGAGCGGACGCGGGCCGAGAGAACCAAGAACUGGUCCCUCAUUGGGUCGGUCCGGGGGGCCCUGAUUGGUGUGGCUGGCUUCCACUAUGUGAACCGGGUACGGCUACAGGAAGCUGAAGGCUUACUCCUGGAGGCACAGAAGGGGCCUGUGAGCCCCAGGAGGCCCAUCCGGGAGCAGGCAGCCAGCUACUCCCCUCAGCAGAAGGAACUCUCUGACCUCAUGGCAGACCUGAGGGGCCUGGUACAUGCUGGGCCAGGGCAGGUCUCUGGGUCCCAGGCAGGUAGGCUGUUAUCUGCCCGAGGCAGAGACACAGAUGUCCUUUCAGCUGCUUUGAAAGAGCAGCUCAGCCAUUAGCAGGUCCAUUCAUGUCUAGAGGGUUUACGAGCGCAGCUUGAAAGCCUGGAAAAGACUUUCAGCCAAAUGGCUGGGGUGGUUCAGCUUGCAAAGGCAGCAGCACACCCAGGCCUGGUGGAGCCAGCAGAUGGGGCACCGCCCAGCUCCUUGCCGGAGGGGAGUAUGAUCUUGGCGCUGGCAGACAUGGAGCAGAGGCUAGAAGCCCGGGUUGACAGAAACACUGUCUACAGCACGCUGGUCACCUGUGCGACAUUUGUGGCCACGCUGCCUGUACUCUAUGUGCUGUUCAGGGCUACCUAGCCCCCAGACUCUCCAGUGGGUCUGAAGGGGUUGGUGUGGUUGUGGAUUUAGUUGGACAAUCCCAGCAACUCAGAAGUGAGCCUUCUGAGGGGUGGAGGGGCACACAAUCUCAGUCUGAGCCUGAGCACUGUCUGUAGCUCACCUGAGUACCCAGCAGACAUACUCCCGUUUUUAGGUAAUGCUCACAUACAUUCAUUAUCAAAACUUUGUGCUAAUGUCCAAUUAAAGUAUCUUUAAGUUUGUAUUAUUUAAAGCAGUUUA